AAAAUGUGAAAGAUAGAAAAACCUUGCUCGAUACGCCACCGUCGUCGUCUUUACCCAAUCCUUUCUUCAGCCAUCUUUAUCUUCUUUUCAUAGAUCAUUUCUCUGCAAAAAAAGAGUUUGCUUUUUUCUUUCUUUUUUUAGCAAAUCCUUUUUUUGUUCUGAGAGCUUGAAAGUUUGUCUCCUUUUAUCAAGGCCAUGUCGUCGUCUUCUUUCACCGACCUCCUUGCUUCCUCUGGCGUUGACUGCUACCAAGAAGACGAAGACUUUCGUGUUUCCGGGUCGGUAUCGCUAUAUCAGAGUGAUGGGUUUAACCUGGAGAGAACCGGGUCGGGUUUACCCAAGUUCAAGACGGCGCAGCCACCUCCACUUCCGAUUUCAAAAUCUUCUCAUUUUGCGUUCUCCGAUUUGCUUGAUUCUCCUCUUCUUCUCUGCUCCUCACAUAGUUUGAUAUCUCCAACGACAGGAGCGUUUCCAUGUCAAGGCUUCAAUGGAAUAAACAAUCACUCAGAUUUUCCCUGGCAGAUACAACCGCAAUCGCAAUCGCAACUACCAAUCGUUUCUUCUGUUUUGCAAGAAACAUAUGGUGUUCAAGAUCCUCAGAAGAAACAGGUUCCGGUUCAUCGUGAGAUUGCAACGCAAAGCUUUGGAUCGGAUCGGCAGAGUAAGAUACCAUCGUACAUGGUGAGCAGGAACUCUAAUGAUGGUUAUGGUUGGAGAAAAUACGGUCAGAAACAAGUGAAGAAGAGCGAAAAUCCGAGGAGUUACUUCAAGUGUACGUAUCCAAAUUGUGUUUCCAAGAAGAUUGUUGAGACUGCUUCUGAUGGUCAGAUCACUGAGAUCAUCUACAAAGGAGGUCAUAACCAUCCUAAGCCCGAGUUCACCAAGAGACCAUCAGGAUCAACGUCAAUAUCUUCCUCUGCUAAUGCGAGACGAGUGUUUAAUCCUUCUUCUGUUGUUAGUGAAACACAUGAUCAAUCAGAGAACUCUUCGAUCUCGUUUGACUACAGUGAGAAAAGCUUUAAAUCGGAGUAUGGUGAGAUAGACGGAGAGGAGGACCAACCUCAGAUGAAGAGAUUGAAAAGAGAAGGUGAAGAUGAAGGAAUGUCUGUAGAAGUAAGCAGAGGAGUGAAAGAACCAAGAGUUGUGGUUCAGACAAUAAGUGACAUUGAUGUUCUUAUAGAUGGCUUUAGAUGGAGGAAGUAUGGUCAAAAAGUUGUCAAGGGAAAUACUAAUCCAAGGAGCUACUACAAGUGCACAUACCAAGGUUGUGGAGUGAGGAAGCAAGUAGAAAGAUCUGCAGAAGAUGAGAGAGCGGUUCUCACUACCUAUGAAGGAAGACACAAUCACGAUAUCCCAACCGCGCUACGUCGCUCAUGAAAACAAAACGUUCUUGGGACUUAGUCACUCACUAGUAUUAUCAUUUUAGGAUUUGAGAAUACUCUUACUAUAUAUGGCUUAUCUUUUGUGCUCACUACAGUUUGUUUAUUUGUUUGUAUUGUUUAUUUGUUUGUAACACAGUCAGUGCUUUGUGUUGUACAGAGUGGUGGUUACUAGUUUAUAUCAUCGUGGCCAUAGAGACCCUCACAUUCAUGGGUGUGACUUUAAACACUUGAGAGUCCAUUUCAGAUUCUUGUCUUUGGUCUUUUUGCUAAAUUUGGUGUACAUUUCACAUUUCAAGAUUUAUAAGCAAUAAUAACGGUAUAUAAU